AUGUCAUUUCUCAUGGGCACUGUGGCCGGGGGCCUAACCGCCUCCGCAAUCUACUACGGAUUCUCUCGGACUUUCGAGACUAGGACCAAUGGGCUGACCAAAGAUCUACACAUACUCUCGACCGAAUUGCUGAAGCCCCCAGUACCUGGCCCGGUUCCUGCAUCGGCCAGAAUUCAUAGAUCGCCGUUCCGUGAUCUUGUUCGACAGCGAUGGAACCAAGAGAUCGAGAAUGCCGUUAUGAAUGCACAUCAGUUCGGGAGCCAGUGGGAUUGGAAACAGCAAUGGGAUCAUCUUAGGAAAAGGGUUUCGUCAUUAGUCCAGUGA